UGUGACCGUCCGUUGCGUUUGUUGUUUCCAACUAUUGUAUUGUUUUUUAUUCGUCCUUCAGUGAUCAAGGAAUUCCCGCCAGGAUGGCAGAUGUAAGCCUGUUUUUUGGAGAUCUGCCGGCCGUUCUUCUGGAGCCUGAUAUAAUAUACCGCAUUGGAAGGAAGAAGGGCCUGGAAAUCAGCAUCGCCGACGAGUCAAUGGAGUUGGCACACGCCACCGCCUGCAUCCUGCGCCGAGGGGUGGUGCGCCUGGCCGCCCUGGUGGGCAGGAUCUUCGUGAACGACCAGGAGAAGACCGUGGUGGACAUUGCCAGGGAGGACACCUUAGCCGGCAAGGUGAAACUCCGCUUUGGCAAUGUGGAGGCCAGGCUGGAGAUUGAAUGUGAUCACGAUGAGGUCCACGAUAGUAGUGGAUUCGGGGAAUGCCUGAAGAACAGAUCAACCAACACGACGUUGGACAGCAUGGAUAUUCCCGAAACACAGCCUCCAUCCGCCAACACGUCAGUCAACACAACGGCAGAUAGCUUCUUCAUACCCGAGACCCAGGCGGUGGUCUUCAACAGACCUUCGACCGGUGAAAGAGUGUCGCUGGGCGAUGACUUCAUGAUACCCGAAACGCAGGAUAUGCUUGCGUAUCUUCCUCCUGAAAAACCCCUGAUUAAACCCUCGGUUAUUCCGGUGGUUAAUAACCGGGAUCCGACGGUGGAAAGCGAUGGGGAAUCAUCCGAGGGCAGCGUGAUACGCAUGUGCACCCAGGAUUAUAAUGAGGAUGCCAUUGAUGACUUCGAUACCUCACAGGUACUCUGCGAUGUUUUUGCGCAGCCACCAAAGCCAAUGGAAACUAUUGAUAAGAAGGAUGAUAAGCGUGAUCAACUGGACACCACCGACAUUGAAAUAAGUGCCUUAAACUGGUCAGCUAACAAUUCCAAAUGCAGUGCCCUGAGUAGCACCAAAGCGGAUGAAAUAUUGCCGCGUGGCGAUGGCUGCAUUACACCUGAUUUGACCGCUCCGUCUGUGGCUAGAAGCAUUUGCACCCCCGAUCUGAUUGAGCUAAUCAUGGGGAGGGAAGCGCGCGAUGGCUCCAGCAGUCCAGAUUUCUUCGUUCGUCCUGCGGACAAAACGAAUACCGCCACACCGCAGUUUAACGGCGUUAAACAGCUGGUUGUGGCGACAAUUGAGACUCCUACUGCCACACCGGACACAGACAAAUCAUCUAGUCAGGAAAUUAAUCAAGAUAUGAUAGCCACUCAACGAUUUCCACGGCAUAAAUUGUUGGAAAGUGACGAGGAAGACAAUGAGCAAAAUAACCAAGACUUCGUGGCGACUCAGGCGUUUAACUUGGGACGUCCGCAGCCUCAAGAAGAUAAGGAAACUAAUCAAGAUUUCAUAGCGACACAGGCGUUCAACUUGGGACGGCCACAACAAAUUGAUUCACUUAAACCCUCGACAGCUAACGAUUCUUCCAACCAAGAUUUCAUAGCAACUCAGGCAUUUAACUUAGGACGCCCACAAGCAAACAAUUCUGUUGGUCCACCAGGAGAUACUGAGACUUCCAACCAAGAUUUCAUAGCUACUCAAGCAUUUCCUGCCCACAUCAAUAGCUCUCGGUGCCAAGACUUCAUAGCCACGCAACCUUUUCCUGUGGUCAAUCAGCAUUCCGUAAGUUUACGAGACAAGGAGAAUAUUCCACUCGACGACAGUGCCAAAGUUGUAACAGUUUCGAAAAUCUUUGAAGAGCCUUGCGAUGAGAUAGAUGCUGUGCUCAAUGAAAUGAUUUCAGGGACUGUGGUAACGUCGCCUGUAAAUCCCAAUGAAGAGUCGAUAAAAUUUUUUGAGCCGUGUGUGAUCAAGGAUAAGAAUCACUAUCAAAAGAUUUGUCAGAUUGAGGGAGUAUUUAGUAACUUGAGUAACAAAAGUCGUUGGCGCACAAGAGCAACUGACGAUGUCAGUCGCAAACGAGUGGCGAAAUCGGAAUCUCCUCCAGCAACACCAAGUCGUAAAAACAGACGAAUUUCAGAGGGUUCUGAGAGACCAAAAAGUAAUUUGAUAAAACGGCGAGACAAUCCAGUCGAUAAAAAAUCAGAACCUCUUAACAAGUCAGUUAUUCGGGAACAAGAUAUCGAUUCUAUUCUGGAAGAGGAAACACAGGAAGAUAAAGCAGACGAUCCUAUUAAAGAAGUUGUCAAUCAAUUGCAAUCCCGUAGAAGCCGAAUCCAAAGCCGUCCUGGGACUCCGGGAAGCUCUUUAGAAAAGAAUGAAGCCAACGCUGAGUUGGCGGAUAAGUCUAAGGAAGAGCCGCCUACCAAAAAUAAACCUAGUAGAAAGGUCAAGAAGGCGGAGACAAAUAAGGCAGACGCAUCCGGGGAUAUUCCCAAGCCUACUACGAGAACAAGGCGCCAAACCAGCGACGAAGAUGCUCGAGCGCCUGAUCUAGCAAAGGGAAGAAAGCUCAAGAAGGCUGCGUCGAGUAGGGCAGACACAUCUAAGAAUAUUUCAAAGGGUUUGACGAAUAGCGCUGAUGAUGCCGAGGUGCCUAAAGAAGAAAGUUCAGUCCAGACUGUAAGUGAGAGAAAGGUUAAAAAGGUCAAGUCAAGUAAAGAGGAAACAUCAAAAGAUAUUUCCAAGCCAAGACCUAGAACCAGGCGCCAAACUGCCGACGAAGAUGCUACGGCACCUGGAGCAGAAAAAGAAAAACAGGUUCAGGGGAACAUAGCUAAGGAAUUGCCCAAGCCAGCAGCCAAAACCAGGCGCAAAGCUAGCGUAGAAGAGGCUGAGAGCUCUGAAGAGACCGUCAAACCGAAAAGAGGAUACAAACGCAAGAAAUCCGAGUCCAACCAAGCUGCCGCACCUGUGGAAAAGUCUACGACUAGAACCAGGCGCAAGACAAUCGUCGAAGAUUCCGACACCCUGGCGGAAGUAAAACCAGAGGGCGCAAUAUUUAAACGUGCGGUUGUCCGCAUAUCCAAAAUAAGCAUUGAAAACCCAGAGUCUUCCACAAGCUCUGCAAAUAACGCCAGAAUAACCCGAUCUGCCAAGUCGCGCUCUGCAACGCCCUCAAUUGAAGAGCCAUCAUCCAGCUCUGCUGCUGCCAAGGGGCCAAAUGUGUCAGGAACUACACGCACAGCCAGGUCAGCUCGGGCUGCCACGUCGGGUACCGCAACCCCUAAAGCCGAUCAGUUACCAACCAGCUUCGGAACUAGCAGGGGACUCAAGCGGUUAGCGGCCCCCGAAGAGGCCACUUCCAAGAAGCCUAAAAUGUCUACUGAUGGGGAAGUCCUAAAGAGCAGAUCAGGCGCUACUACAACGCGAUUUAGUCAGACGGAUAGCGAUCCGAUUAGAGCAAUUAACUUAUAUGUGAGGAAGGCCAAGACUGCAGGCAAAAUUAAGAUAGCGUUUACCAUGUGCAAUCGUCCAGCUUUGGAAUCUGUGCUAAAGUCACUGAAGCACGUGGUGGAGAUCACCGAAGAUCCCUUGAAGUGCGACCUGCUUAUGAUGGACAAGGGCGAGCGCACCUACAAGUUUCUGACAGUCAUUGCUUCCAACAAACCAGUCUUGUCCACCAAUUGGCUGCACUCUGUAAAGAAGACCAGAAGCAUCGACAUAAAGGCAGAGCAUCUGUUCAGCGACGCUACAUUUGAGGAGACCUACAAGUUCAAACCCUCCAGCGUACUGGAACACCCACGUUUGUUGUAUGGCUUGCACUUUAUGCUCGGUGAAGACAUCGUGCCAAAGGCAACCGAAAUGAAAGUCAUUAUUCAAAGCGCCGGCGGUAAGGUGCACGUGCAACCGCCUUCGCUGGCCAUCAGUGUGGAUCUGUACGUGGUCACCACGAGCAAGGAUACGAAGUCUAAGCGACGUCUGAACAACUAUGAAAAGGUACACUUUAUCAAAGCCGAGGCUGUUAUGCAGGCGCUCGUUCAACACAAGAUUGAAAUGCUGCAGGAGUACAAGCUCAAACUUUAAACGUUGUUUUUGGAUAUUUCAUAUUUUUUUAAGUGCUUUUGCGCUUAUAUUGUUAUCGUUUGUCAGCCAUUAUGUCAUUUAGCUCGCGAUUAACUACAAGGAAGUACAUCACACUGCGGAGUCCCAGACGAAAUCUCUUUCACAGUUUACACAUAAACUUUUUGUAUUAUAUAUAAUUGUUUGUUUUUUGGAACCAUCAUAAUUGUGGCCAUACAAUAUUUAGUUGUUACUUUCCUACUGCCUGUCAAAUACAUCAUACGUCUAACACUA